UCAAAACGUAAUUGUGAAAAAUUGUUAACCUAACCGCUGACCUAACCUCGGUACUUGUGUGUUUCUUGGUACUUGUGCAGUGAUCAGAGAUUAACAUAUAAAAGAUUAUAUACUGCUAUGUCCCAGUUAAAUGAAAAUAUUUUGAAAUAUUUGGCUGAAAAUGAUAAAGCCAACACGAUUACCUUGGGAAAAUAUUUUAAUGAAGAUCAUCAAAAAAUUGUGGGAGCCUUAAAAAGUAUACAAGCCCAUGGAGAACUUUUAUUAGCUGAAUCUAUUUCUGACAAGAAAAUCGAACUUACAGAAGAAGGAAAAUUGAUUGCAGAAAAAGGAAGUCAUGAAGUAAACGUGUUUGCACAUAUACCAGAUGGCGGUAUAGAACAGUCAGAGUUGAUGAAGCUACCUAAUGCUAAGAUCGGUUUCAGCAAAGCCAUGUCUGCUGGUUGGGUUCAAGUAGAUAAAUCUUGCACACCACCUUUAGUGAAGAAAAAAGUACCUGAAAUUGUGGAUACUGUUCAAGAACAUAUGAGAAAAAUAAUGAAAGGGGAUAUAUCAAAUAUUACAGAUAAAGAAAAACAAGAGUACAAAAAACGGAAACUCAUACAGGAAGUUGUAGUAAAGAGUUUCAAUUUGACUAAAGGUCCUAAGUUUAGCUUGACUUUGAAUAAGCUUGAAACUGAUUUAACAAAUGAUAUGAUGCUAGCGAAUAGCUGGAAAGAAAUGAGAUUUAAAGACUAUAACUUUGAAUCUUUAGGAGCACCCUUGGAAAGUGGUUAUCUCCAUCCACUACUCCAAGUCAGGUCCGAAUUUAGACAAAUCUUCUUAGAAAUGGGGUUCUCAGAAAUGCCUACCAACAACUACAUCGAGAAUUCUUUCUGGAAUUUUGAUGCCCUUUUUCAGCCCCAACAACAUCCUGCAAGAGAUGCCCACGAUACCUUUUUCAUUUCUAACCCCAAGAUUAGUAAUUCAUUUCCAACGGAUUACUUGGAGAGGGUCAAAAAUGUACACAGCAAGGGAGGAUAUGGUUCACAAGGAUGGAGUGUGAUUCUACAUAGUAACAGCAAGACAGAUAGUAACGUCACUUUUAUUAUAUUCAUGAUUGUGCGCCUCAUUUAUUCUGCUCGUCAUCCCGAUCACCGAGUUGUGGAUGUGCACCGUUUACUCUCAAAGGGAAGAUUGCACAUGGUAAAGGAAGAAUUCCCUUUCCGCACGAGGGCGUCGUACUACAAGCAGUUGAAGGAUACCCGAAUAUGGCUAUGAUUGGAAGAUUGAAGAGGCACAGAAAAAUCUUUUAAGAACCCACACAACUGCUGUUAGUGCUAGGAUGUUGUAUGAAUUAGCUCAACAGGAAAAGUUUAAGCCUAUAAAGCUGUUCAGUAUAGAUAAGGUAUUCAGGAACGAGACACUGGAUGCUACUCACUUGGCAGAAUUCCAUCAAGUAGAAGGCUUGAUUGCAGACUUCAAUCUUACUUUAGGUGACUUAAUUGGCGUGUUUACUGAAUUUUUCAAGAAAUUGGGCAUGGUUCAGUUGGAAUUUAAACCUGCAUACAAUCCAUACACUGAACCUAGCAUGGAAAUAUUCUGUUUCCACCCUGGUCUAGGAAAAUGGAUUGAAAUAGGAAAUUCUGGAGUUUUCAGACCCGAGAUGUUGCUACCCAUGGGAUUGCCAGAUGAUGUAUGUGUGAUAGCAUGGGGACUUUCUCUAGAAAGACCUACCAUGAUCAAAUACGGGCUUAAUAACAUCAGAGACUUGGUUGGGCCAAAGGUAGAUUUAGAGAUGGUACAUAGGAGUCCUAUUUGUAGGCUGAAUACAUAAAUUUCGUUCAAUAUAGAUUUUAAAAGCAUUCUCAGUUUUUGUGUCCACAAUAAUCGUCAUGUUAAAUUGCUCGUAACCUGCUAUGACAUACUCGUAACGUGCUAUGACAUUUUCUUUUCAAUUUUAAGCUACAAACAUGAUCUCUCCCACACCAACAAUUGGGCGAUAUCUUCUUCUUCAUGGUCCUGUGGUGAAUUUUUUAUCUCGUAUUAGUGUUGUAACUAAUACAUAAAAUGGUGUGCAAAAUGAUCCGCGCAAAUUAGCAAACGUUUCUGGAUUUUGGACCGCGAAGUUUGACAUGAUAUAAAGUUCGUACUAGUUUCUAAAAUAAGGCUCUGUGGUGACUGCAUCUCUCGGGUGCACUACGGAAUAACCCUCUUGAUCAGCCACGACACCUUCGUCGUUGCUAUUAAUAGUUCCGCCCCUCGGCGGUAUCGGGUACUACAACCCUCGUCAGCCAGUUCCGUGGUGAUCCCGGCACGCAUUGUAUCCAUAACAAAUACUGUUAUUUCAAUUGGUAUUUAUUUAGUGUGUUGAAUAUAUC